AUGGCUAUUCUUGCUGGUCGAGAGAUCAACAGCAAUGCGAGAGGCAUUCUGACGAACAACAGCGCGCCGACUCAUGCGGAGUUCGAAACGCGUGGUGCGAUUCGCAAAUGA